AUGGAUGCAUUGGCAUUGACCGAGGCCAAUGCCCCGGGGGCAGAGUACGAUGGUCCUCCGCCGCAGACCGUGGCAGGCGAGAGAUCCCCUAGCGAGGGCGAGAACAAGUUUCAGAAGGCUUUGGCAGCAUGGCGCAAUAUUGGCCUUUCUUCAUUAAUGCCACAGUUAGACUCUACCGCAUCCGACAUCGUGGCCCAUCAGAGAGAUGCGUUAGUCGAACGAAAGGAACUCGCUCAGAAGACCAAAGACUUUAGAAAAUUGGAAGAUUCUGCAAAAUUAACAGAGUACAAGUCCUUACUCAAGGCCUACCAGGGAUUCAUUGAUCUAAUCACCGGCCACGGAAAGACAUCCUCAUCCGCAUUCCUCCAACUGUACCAGUCUCUUUCUGAGGCACCCGAUCCCUUCCCUCUGCUAGAGGCUUCUGUCGAUUCCCUUGUCGCCGCCGAGGAUACUGUUCCAAAACUGACCUCUGAGAACCAACAACUGCUGGCAAGAGUCAAUAAGCUGUCCGCUCAACUGGAAGAAACAGAGAAGAAGCUGCAGGAAGAAAGUAAAGUAAGAAAAGAUGCGGAGGCCGGCAACGGGACUUUGGUUCAGGAAAUCGAAGAGAAGUGGGCGAAGGUGUUAGAGGAGAAGCAAAACAACUGGGCUGCGAAGGAGCGGAGCUUAGAGGAGAAGGUUGAAAAUCAGGACCGGGUGUUGAAGGAGUUGAAAGCCAGCUAUGAAGUGUCUCAGAGGCUUCAAGACGGUUCUGCUGAGAUGGCGUCCUCAAGGGCUGCCAGUGUUGAGUUGGAGUUGAUGAGUUCCGAGCUUGAGAAGACGAGUGCGCGACUCGCAGAGAUCGAAGCCCGAAACGAACAUCUGCGUGUUGAUCUCGCUCGAGCCACAUCGCAGAAUGCCACAAGUCAUGAUGUUGAAGAUGAUCCGUCGUUUCUACGCCUGCAGUCGGAGAACUCCUCGCUUCUGAGAAAGAUCGAAUCGAUACGCUUCGAGAGAGAUACAGAGAAACGGAAUGGGGACGAUAAGCUUCGUCAGCUCGAAAGGCGGCGCUCUCAAUUGGCGACAGAGAACGAGGAGCUGCGCGUCAAAGUCGCCAAAUGGUCCGACUACGAGGAACUCAAGAGGGAACUGGACACACUCCGGUCGAUCGAGCUAUCCAUUGAAGACGAGGAAGAUGGACCCGAGAGCGGGUUGGAUGGUGCAGCGGAAAAUGACUCGAAACAAUCAUUGGAACACCUGCUGCUUGCACGAAAUAAAAAGCUAAGCAACGAAUUGACUUUGCUCCGAGUCUCGUAUCAAGACCUCCAAAGCCAAUUCGAGGAUCUCCAGGAAGAACUCUCUCGAACCAACGCAGAAUUGGAAAAGUUCCAGAAGCUAUCAUCGACGCUUGAGAAUGAUCUCCUUCGGGUGCAAGAAGAAGCAGCAAAUGCCCUUCCGUCGUCGGGAAUGUCUGUAGCGGGAACCUAUGUUUCACGGCACCCUACCAGCUCCUUGCGUCGAGGCAGAGCGUCCCCAACUUCAUCGAUCAUCUCAGGCUACGAGAUGCAACCUCGCACCAACACUCUUGACUCAUUACGGUCCGGAGAAGCUCUCGGUGGAGGCUCCGGCAUUUUGCCCAUGAUCCAAGCCCAACGAGAUCGCUUUAAAGAAAAGAAUCAGCAACUUGAAGAAGAACUUGCAAAAACUUACGCUACCGUGACCUCCCUACGACAGGAGAUUGCCUCGCUGCAGAAGGACAAUCUGAAUCUGUACGAGAAAACCAGAUACAUUUCAACCUACAGCCGGGCCCCGACAACGACAUCCUCCUCCGCAUAUUCCGGCGCUCCGGGACAUACUGCAGUAUACACCUCGGACGAUGGCACUUCAGAUCGGUGGAAGUCACAAUACGAAGCCAACAUAUCGCCGUUUGCCGCAUUCCGUGGCCGCGAGGCUGCUCGAGCCUAUAAACGCAUGAGCUUCCCAGAGCGGAUAAUCUUUUCACUUACAAGGAUCGUUCUUGCUACAAGGACUUCUCGCAAUCUCUUUGCCACGUACUGCCUUGCGCUUCACAUCUUGGUCUUCUGGAUGCUAUACUGGAUGGGUACAACUGAUGUUGAGCGAAGUGCUGUCCACCUAAGUGAAGUCGCUGCUGCCGGAGCCGUAGGAGUGCGAUCUCCGGACUCACACGGUGCCGAUUGGCACCAAGAGGACUUUGGGUAG